GUUAAAAAUAAACUGUAAACUCUUGGUUGCUUCAUAAACAGCAUAAAGGAUUAAUUUUGGUGAAAUAUGUCCGAUUAUGGGGAACAAAUCAGUGACAGCGAAAAACAACGGAUUGCCCAUGACUUUAUCACCCAUGCACCUCCCGGUGAAGUAGAAACUGUGUUUAGUGAUGUUCGGCAUCUGUUAAGCAAAGAUGGAAGUGCUCAUGGAGAAAGCAUGACUGCGUCACUUUCUAAGUACAGAGUCGACCAGUUUACUCCGGUUACCGUUGACAAAGAGAAAGUUCUUCUUACAAACCACGGUAAAUUGGACAACAACAGAUUUCUUGACCCAAGAUCAAAGAAAUCAUUCCAUUGCAACAUUCCUAAGGUUGAAAUAAGCGACAUUCAACCCGCAGAUGUGGAUUCGAAUGCAGAAAGUUGGAGGAACGAGAUAGAUAACGCGUUGGCCAAAUAUAUUAAAGAACAUUUUCCACACGGAACAUGCACUGUUUAUGGGACUUCCAACGGAGGCGAGACGACCAUCAUCGCUUGCAUCGAGGACCACAAGUUUAGUCCCGAGAACUUCUGGAAUGGAAGGUGGAGGUCGGAGUGGAAGAUUACUAUCGAAGAUGGAAACGCUAAAGUUGUCGGGAUACUUAAGACACAGGUUCAUUAUUACGAGGAUGGCAACGUACAGCUGGUGAGCCAGAAGGAAUGCAAAGACAAUCUUACUGUCAGUUCUGAGAAACAGCUUGCUGAUGAUGUCACAAAGCUUAUUAUGAAGUUUGAAUCCGACUACCAGCUUGCAAUAAACGACAAUUACAAUACAUUGUCGACGACCACCUUCAAAGCUCUUCGUCGCCAGUUGCCGGUCACUCGCACAAAAAUCGACUGGAACAAAAUUCUUGGUUAUCAGAUCGGAAAAGAAAUCGGGAAGUGACCCUC